GGGAAAAGAAUAUGGUUAGGUAGCUGGUUAGAAGCGGGUGAAUGUUUUGUAUGUUUGAGCAGGUGUUGGAUGGGGGAUUGCGUCAAUGACUACAUCAAUGCUGUCCAAUCAAGGCAAGGGAAGUUAUUCUUGAAGCUAUUCAGAGGAUUGUAUUAUACUCCCAAGGACUACAAUAGUCAGUAACCGUAGAUUGGUCAUGAUAAUUCACUUGGUGACAAAUUGAGAUAAGCUUAAGAUUUGCCUAGGGAUCUAUUAUUAUAUCUCUACUUGGUAUGUAUUUCUGUCAACAGAAAAACAUAUCACAUCAAUACCCAUAACUCAACAAGUAAACACUCACCCCCGACUUGGAAGUUUAAGCAACGAAACACCAAGAGAGGACAGAGGAUUCAUAAACAACACAACAACCAUCACGGAAAUGGAUUCCCUCCCGUCUCAAACCUCCUCCCUAAACCCAGUGCCCGGUGUUCAAAGAUAUUCUCUCGGAAGCUGGAAACUUCAAUCUGGUCAGGAAAUUCCAGAUGCACAUAUCGCAUAUAAAACAUUUGGAGAUCCAAGUUCCCCUGCUAUUGUCUAUCCUUCUUGGUUUUCCGGAGGUGAGUUCCUUAUAAUGUUCAUCCAGAUCUGACACUAUAUCCAUCAAUAUGAGAGUAUUGCAGUGGUAGAAAAGUCACGUUUGAAGAUGAAAAUAAACAUUCGAUAUUAUAUUGAUACUACGACCAUUGAUACUGACGACAACAACCAACAACAGCAAUCGCAGACAAUGAAUGGCUCAUCGGAGAAACCCAAGCAUUAAACCCCCAAAAAUACUUCAUAAUAAUCACCGCACUUUUCGGAAAUGGAGAAUCGACUGUGCGUUCCAUCCUCCUCUCCAUCUCCCACCCAUACACAAUCAACAGCCACAAAUUAACACUAACCAACAAAAAACCAGUCACCAUCCAACAGUCCCUCUCCCCUUCCCCAAAAUAACCUUCUACGACAACGUCCGCGCACAACACAAACUCCUAACCGCCCAUCUCCAAAUAACCCACGCGCGCGCCGUAAUCGGUUGGUCUAUGGGCGCAGCCCAAACGUACCAAUGGGCUACUAUGUAUCCAUCGUUUAUGGAUAUAUGUAUACCGUUUUGUGGAUCUGCAAAAACGGCUUUGCAUAAUCAGGUGUUUUUGGAAGGGGUGAAAGCUGCUUUGUUGGCUGGGAAGGGUUUGAUGAGUGCGGGGUCUAAUGAGGGCGUUGUUGUGAAGGAAGGAAAGGGCGAGAAGGGGGAGGAAGUGAGGGUUUGGAGUGAUGAGGAGAGGGAGGUGGGGUUGAAGGCUUUGGAAGGGGUAUGCGGGGUGGGGAUUUAGUCAGGUGAGUUGAGUUGAGUUGAGGUUGGAGAUGGUGGAUGUUGUAUUGUGUGGUAGUAUGAUACUUAUGAUAUUGCAGGCGUUUUACAGGGAAGAACUAUUCAGAACUGUCCUCGGAUAUAAAGAUCUUGAAGAUUUCAUGAAAAAUUUCUGGGAGAAAUGGGCUCUUUCGAAGGGUACUCCCCCAUUCCCUUCAUCGCCUCCUUCCAUCUUUUCUUUCCUCCAACCCUCCUCCACCACCCACCCCCUACCCUUUUCACUCAAACCCAAAUACUAACACCCACCCCCCAAAACCAGACCCCGAAAACCUCCUCACAAUGCUUCACACCUGGUCCUCAGGCGACGUCUCGAAUCAACCACCAUAUAACGGAGAUUUUGCCGCCGCAAUGAGCGCUAUAAAGCAAAAUGCUUGUUUUACCUGGGAAGACGGAUUUGUAUUUUCCGUAUGUGUUUUUUCUCGUUGUUUCUGUUUUGAUUUCUCCCCCGUCUAAUCCCUCUCUUAUCCUCAUUCUAACCCCACUCCCAAUCCCCUCCAUCCUUCCGCUCCAUCCCCGUAUUCAUCAUCCCACAAUCCCACAAACACCCCCUUCCCCAUUCCCCCACCAAACAACCCACACACCCCACUAACCCUCUCUCCCAACCCAAACCACAGACCCGAAGACUCCGAAAUCGAAAUAUCUCUCAUGCGUCCCGGGAUCGGUACUCUGGAGAUCAUACCCAGUAUAUGGGGACAUUGGGCCGGGGGACCCGGUGAUUCAAAGGAUGAUGUGAAGUGGCUUAAUGAGAGGUUGGUUGCGGUUGGUCUUUAGAUUUUUUGGUAUGGUGUGGUGUGGUGUGGUAUGGUGUGGUAUGAUAUGGUAUGUGUGGGGGGAAGCGAGAAAAGGGAGGAUAGUAAGGGAACGGAGAGGAGGGAAGGGGAUGGGGUGGAAAAUUGAUUUCUAUUCGGGAAGUAAAAUUUACUCCGUAAGCCUUAAGUACCUAGGCGAGAAGUUUAUAAUUGAGCGAUGCAAUGCACUUGAUUUUUCAAUGGUAAGCAUUUUAUUUAAACGCGAAUGGAAUGGAUGUGUUUGUUGUGAUGAGAAAGAAAGUUAUUAAUCGUAUUAAAUUUCGUCGGUAUUUAAAUGCUCAUUGCUGAAUGAUUGUUGUAAGUCCUAUGUAGGAUCAUAUGUACUUAUGUAAUCUUAUAUGUAUUUGUAAAUAGAUAAAU